AUGAGUCAGCAGCGGCCAGCGAGGAAAUUGCCCAGCCUCCUCGUGGACCCGGCGGAGGAGACCAUUCGCCGCCGGUGUCGAGACCCCAUCAACGUGGAGGGCCUGCUGCCGUCAAAAAUAAGGAUUAAUUUAGAAGACAACGUACAAUAUGUGUCUAUGAGAAAAGCUUUAAAAGUGAAGAGACCUCGUUUUGAUGUAUCACUGGUUUAUUUAACUCGAAAAUUUAUGGAUCUUGUUAGAUCUGCUCCUGGGGGUAUUCUUGACUUAAACAAGGUUGCAACAAAACUGGGAGUACGAAAACGGAGAGUCUAUGACAUCACCAAUGUCUUAGAUGGAAUCGACUUAGUUGAAAAAAAAUCUAAGAACCAUAUACGGUGGAUAGGAUCUGACCUUAGUGAUUUUGGAGCAAUACCCCAGCAAAAGAAACUACAGGAGGAACUUUCUGACUUAUCAGCAAUGGAAGAUGCUUUGGAUGAAUUAAUUAAAGAUUGUGCUCAACAGUUGUUUGAAUUAACAGAUGACAAAGAAAAUGAAAGACUAGCAUAUGUUACCUAUCAAGAUAUUCAUAGCCUUCAAGCCUUCCAUGAGCAGAUCGUUAUUGCAGUUAAAGCUCCAGCAGAAACCAGAUUGGAUGUUCCAGCUCCCAGAGAAGACUCCAUCACAGUACAUAUCAGGAGCACCAAAGGGCCUAUUGAUGUUUAUUUAUGUGAAGUAGAACAGGAGAAUAUGAGUAACAAAGUAACUGAAGAUGUAGGCACCUCUUCAUCUGAAAGCAAGCCUGUAGAACACCCUAAGGAAGAAAAAAAUCCUCCUCAGCAAAGUGAAGAAUUGCUUGAAGUGAGCAACUAACUACCUACCUAUAGCAUUUGAGAAUUCAUGUAUUAAGUUCUUUUGGAACAUCCUGCAUGGAUGAAUUA